UUGGGAGUUCUCGGCGCGCCGCGAGCGGCGGGAGCUCGGGCUCCCGGGCGAGCCGGGGACGCGGCAGAGCGGGGGCCGGGGUCCGAGACCGCGGGGGCGGCACCGAGAGUGGGAGGGAGAGCGAGACAGAGAAGGACAGAGACGGGGAGCGAGACAGAAACGCGCAGGGGAGACAGGACAGAGGCAGGGGGAAGCAGGGGACAGGCUGGGAGGGCGACGGAAACGAAAACAGGGACCCGCAGGGAGAGACCGAGGGGGACAAGAGAGACCCGGAGAGGCAGAGACCCGGGGGCCCAAAGGGGGAGGUGGUGGAAGAGCCCGUGCCGGCCGGCCGCCGAGGUCUCGGGGCCAGAGGCAAGCGCAGCGGGGCAGGGAGCGGAGCGCAGGGCGGGGGGCAGUGCGAAGUGACAGCGAGAGAACAGUGGGGGCGGCGGAGGGAAGGCGCCUGCGGCGGGGGCUGGGGGCACGAGCGCCAUGGGUCCCCGGACCCCCGCGCUCUGAGCCCCGGCCCGGGGCCCGACGAUGCUGACGCCGAGGCGGCGCCGAGGGCGCGGCGCGGGGCAGCGCUGAAAGUUGGGCGGCCCGCGGGGAGCGGCGCGGGACGGCCUGGAGACCAGGAGACCCGGGGACAGACGGACAGACCCACAGGCAGCCGGGGAGGGGGGGCGGGGUCUCGCAGAGUUUGCGGGGAAGGGGCGCCAGGACUUCCCUCUCCGCGCCUGGGACGCCGCCCGCCCGACUGCGCCGUGGGAUGUAGCGCCCGCCCGCCGCCUCCCGGAGACUUGUCGGACCCUCUGUCCCGCGGCCCUGCGUCUUCUCAGGCGACCACGCCGGCUUCAGGACAUGCACGGGCACAGCCGCAACGGGCAGGCCCACGUGCCCCGGCGGAAACGCCGCAAUCGCUUUGUCAAGAAGAACGGCCAAUGCAACGUCUAUUUCGCCAACCUGAGCAACAAGUCACAGCGCUACAUGGCGGACAUCUUCACCACCUGCGUGGACACGCGCUGGCGCUACAUGCUCAUGAUCUUUUCCGCGGCCUUCCUCAUCUCCUGGCUCUUUUUUGGCCUCCUCUUCUGGUGCAUCGCCUUCUUCCAUGGUGACCUGGAGGCCAACCCAGGGGGGGCCAUGGCCGGGGCCCCAGUGGGAGGUGGUGGGGCGGUGCCGGUGGCCCCUAAGCCCUGCAUCAUGCAUGUGAACGGCUUCCUGGGCGCCUUCCUAUUCUCAGUGGAGACGCAGACGACCAUUGGCUAUGGGUUCCGGUGCGUGACGGAGGAGUGCCCACUGGCGGUCAUCGCCGUGGUGGUCCAGUCCAUCGUGGGCUGUGUCAUUGACUCCUUCAUGAUCGGCACCAUCAUGGCCAAGAUGGCGCGGCCCAAGAAGCGGGCGCAGACGCUGCUGUUCAGCCACCAUGCGGUCAUCUCGGUUCGUGACGGCAAGCUCUGCCUGAUGUGGCGUGUGGGCAACCUGCGCAAGAGCCACAUCGUGGAGGCCCAUGUGCGGGCCCAGCUCAUCAAGCCCUACAUGACGCAGGAGGGCGAGUACCUGCCGCUGGACCAGCGGGACCUCAACGUGGGCUACGACAUCGGCCUGGACCGCAUCUUCCUGGUGUCUCCCAUUAUCAUCGUCCACGAGAUCGACGAGGACAGCCCGCUCUACGGCAUGGGCAAGGAGGAGCUGGAGUCGGAGGACUUUGAGAUUGUGGUCAUCCUGGAGGGCAUGGUGGAGGCCACUGCCAUGACCACUCAGGCCCGCAGCUCCUACCUGGCCAGCGAGAUCCUGUGGGGCCACCGCUUCGAGCCCGUGGUCUUCGAGGAGAAGAGCCACUAUAAGGUGGACUACUCACGCUUCCACAAGACCUACGAGGUGGCCGGCACUCCCUGCUGCUCGGCCCGAGAGCUGCAGGAGAGCAAGAUCACCGUGCUGCCUGCCCCGCCACCCCCGCCCAGUGCCUUCUGCUAUGAGAAUGAGCUGGCCCUCAUGAGCCAGGAGGAAGAGGAGAUGGAGGAGGAGGCUGCAGCCGCUGCAGCCGUGGCUGCCGGCCUGGGCCUGGAGGCAGGCUCUAAGGAAGAGGCGGGCAUCAUCCGGAUGCUGGAGUUUGGCAGCCACCUGGAUCUGGAGCGCAUGCAAGCCACCCUCCCGCUGGACAACAUCUCCUACCGCAGGGAGUCCGCCAUCUGACCUCCAGGCCCCUCCCAUCACUUCCCCACAAGAGCCUCUGCGGGGGGUGGGAUGCCAGGACACCCCCUCCACACUCAGGACAGAGCUCAUCCUGACUCCGUGGACCUUCUGGAGGGAGAUGGGGGUUUCAAAGACUGGAGAACCCCUUCCUACUCACACCAGAACCCAGGCCUGGAAAGGUCCAGGUUACCCUCGGUCUGAUCAGCCUGGGUUCCCCAGCAUCUACCCACUGGCGGCUCAGGAACCAUAGACCCACCACCCUCUUCCCACCGACCCUUUGAGGACGUUCCCCCUUUGCAGAACCUCGGGGAAGGCGGCUGGACUGCUGGGGGGUGGGCAUCUUGGGGUUCUGGGGUGGGCUGGUGGUUGCUUGGGAGGGUGGGAGGGGGGUGCGUUUCUUUUGCAUGACUGUGGUCUGUUGCUCAUAACUUUCUUUUGUAAAUAUCUAUAAAUGGAGAGAUGGACGCACCAGAUCCACCUUCUGCCAUUUGUACCUGCAGGACAAGGAGGUGCAGUCCCUCUCUGUGCACCCCUCUCCCUCCCCACCUGUCAAGCCCAACCCCUUCCCUGGCCCAGCUGGCUGGUCUCUUGAGGCCCUCAGAGCCAGCUGUCUUUGCCCCUGGAUAGUGUUGGUUUUGGGUGCAGAAGUGGGACCCCAAGGAGCAGGAUGAAGGCCCUCCCUCCCUGUGGUCCCUCUGGGCCCCCAGGCCCAGCUCAGGUUGACAAUGGAGUUUGUAACUAUAUAUUUUUAAUAAAGUAUAUGGUCCAUUA